AUGGAUUCAGCCGGUAGAGUAGAUGUGACUGUUGUACAGCAGUUCACUGUUAAGAAAGACAAACAGUCAACAGGCUCUGAAGAAUCGGUACCAAAGUUCCUGAUUAUAGUGCAAAUUGCCCUGACGAAGAGCUUCAGGCUCGAUAUGCGUUGGCUUGUGACAGGAAACUUUGGGACUGAAUCUGAAAAAUAUCCCACCAAGAGUAUGUCUAAAGCCAACAAGAGUUCUGUGGCGCAGUUCCUUCUGCUGGGGUUCCAUGAAGUGGAAGACUUCCAGAUUCCAGUUUUCUUGGUUCUCAUGGUGGCAUAUGUUACAACCAUGGCUGGAAAUGGUUUCAUAAUUAUAUUGGUAUCAAUGAGGAACCAGUUAUAUUCCCCCAUGUACUACUUCCUAGGUCAUCUUUCUGCUUGUGAUAUUCUAAUAAGCACAAAUGUCACCCCUAAAGCAUUGCAGGUUGUCCUAGCAGAAUGUUUUCUCCUUACUGUGAUGUCCUAUGACCGAUACUUGGCUAUUUGCGACCCGCUGCACUAUGCCUCCAUCAUGAACAACAGGCUUCCUCAUUAUAUGACGGCUUUGUCUUGGGGGAUUGGUUUUAUUAUUGCUCUGAUAAAUUAUUUUAUUUUAAUGGAGAUUAACUUUUGUGGUCCAAAUAUCAUCGAUCAUUACUUUUGUGAUCUACCUCCUCUCUUGGAGCUUUCAUGUUCAGACACAUCACUUAUGGAAAAUGCAAUCUCUUCAAUGACCAUAGUUGGUCUUCUCCAGCUGUGUUUUGUCAUAGUAACAUACAUCUGCAUCUCCAUCUCUAUUACCCGGAUAUCUUCCUCUAUUGGUAGGCAGAAGGCAUUCUCAACUUGUAGCUCCCACUUGACUGUGGUCUGUAUGUAUUAUGGGACCUUAAUAUCCAUAAAUAUAACUCCAUCAAGAGGUUACUCCCUGAAUUUGAAGAAAUAUUUAUCUCUGCUAAACACUGUAUUGACUCCACUGUUGAACCCCUUGAUCUACUCUCUAAGGAACAAUGACAUCAAGAUAGCCAUUGGCAGAAUGAGGUCCACAAGAGUUGCUCUGAGAAUUCAUUGA